AGUUAUUAACUGUAGACCUACUAUUUACUAGCACGGUGUAAACGCGGAAUCAUUAAUUGGACGAAAAUAAAUAGAUAACUGUAUCAGUAUAUUAACAAAAAUAAAUAUUAGACUGAAUAUUCACAAAAUGAUAUUUUGUUAUUAGUUCAAAAAACGGUAGUGUGGAUAUAUAUUUCUACAAGUUUAGAUGUAUUUGUUUCUUGAAGUGUAGAUGAUAUAAACUCUUUUCAAAGUUAUUCAUUUAGCAAAUGAAUGAGUUGAAUGUGAUAAAUGACAAAAACUAAUAAAUGUGAUAAAUGAGUUGUCUACAACGAAAUUAUAGCUUUCUAAAAAAAUCAACUAUAGCCUUCUACGUUACUUUUAAGAAAAAUGAACUAUUUUCUAUUUCAUCAAAAGUUCACUAGAUAAUGUGUGCUCUCGCGGAAGUUAUUUAAUCGCGUUAUUUUAUUCACAAACAGAAUACAAUUAUUAUGUAAUUUCCUACAAUACCACCUGGAAAACUCCUCAUCGAAGUUAUUAAUCGAAAAAUGUGAUAUACUGUAAAUGAACUAUUGUAUCUACAGAAAAAGUACAAAUAGCUUACAUUAAAAAAAUGCAACUAUUAGGUUAUUACAACAAAGUGCUCUUCAGAUAUGAACUUUCGUCGAAGUGAUGUAUCGAUCGAGUAAAUCUAUGACUGAAUUUUUAUGACCGCAAUAAAUGAAGCUACCUUAUUAUGUUUCACAAGAAGAACAACUACAAAAAAUAGUUCUUAAUGAGGAAUUAUUGGCAAAAUCAUCUAUGAUAAAAAAAGGCACUGAGUGACGUCAUAGUGGAUGUCAUACUGUGGAGUCAAUGGUGGAUCCAAGCUACAGUCAAAGGUUACCAGCAAACUGGCCAUUAGUCGACCAGGAGCAACCAUAUCAGAAUGGGUGAGGGCCAAUUGGAAGGCAGCAGACAGCUGACACUGUCGCUCUACAAGCCAUGGGUGGUGACGCGCGACAAGGUGGACCCCAACCAGCUGCGCCUGGUACAACUCGAGAGCAGGGUGCGCAAGCUGAAAGUGGAGCGACCUCCUACCGAGCAGAAGGUCAACGGAGAGCUACCAGGAGCCACUGCCACAGCAGAAGAUGAUCCUGAGAAGGAUGACAAGCUACUCGUCAACGAAGAAGAAGAUAUGGGCUAUCUGCGGAGUCUAGACCCCAAGGAAUGGAAGAAACAGGACCACUACAAAGUGUUAGGCUUAGAGAAACUACGUUGGAAGGCAACUGAAAGUGAUAUCAAAAAAUGCUACCGCCGAAAAGUGCUACGUCAUCACCCUGACAAACGGAAAGCGCAAGGAGAGGAGGUGAGAGAGGAUGAUGAUUACUUCACAUGUAUUACCAAAGCUUGGGAGACGUUGGGAGACAAACUGAAACGCAGAUCCUACGAUUCGGUGGAUCCCCAUUUCGACGACAAUGUGCCCUCCAAUAAUGAAUACAACAAAGCACAUUUCUAUAAGGUUUUCGGAGAAGUGUUCGAAAUGAACGCGCAAUGGUCCGAGAAAACACCUGUGCCUAAAUUGGGCAACGCCAAGUCGACUAGGGAACAAGUAGAUAGGUUUUAUACGUUCUGGUAUAAUUUUGAGUCGUGGAGGGAGUAUUCGUAUCUCGAUGAGGAGGAGAAAGAAAAGGGGCAAGACAGGGAGGAGCGGAAAUGGAUAGAGAAACAGAAUAAAGCGGUGAGGGCGAAGAGGAAAAAGGAAGAAAUGGUUAGGAUUAGAGGCUUGGUGGACUUGGCCUACAGUAUUGACCCCCGUAUCGCAAAGUUCAAACAGGAUGACAAGGAUAAAAAGGUAGCCGCAAAGAAAGCGAAACAGGACGCGGCUAGAGCCAGACAGGAAGAGGAAGAAAGGGAGAAAAGAGAAGCGGAGGACAAGGUGAGAGCUGCUAAAGAGAAGGAGGAGGCGGAAGAGAAGGCUAGACAAUCGGCGUUGAAGGCGGAGAGGGAAGCCCAGAAGAGAGCGAUCAAGAAAGAGAGGAAAUCGUUGAGAGAUAUUUGUAAAAAGAAUGAUUACUUCAGUUGUAACGAGGAGGAACGGUUGAAACACAUGACAAGUAUGGAGAUGCUGUGUGAAGCUUUAGAUGCAGUACAGUUGGGUGUGUUAACAGGGCAGCUGCAAAGUUCGGGAAGGGAAGCCUUUUUGAAAACAGUUGAAGAAACCGAGAAGAAGAUCGAGGGUGAGAGGAACCAGCAUUUGGAGAGUAACAAAGUAGCAAAUAAUUCUGUAGUGGGAGGUAGUGGUGGGAGCAGUAAUUCUUCGAAAAAAAACUCAGAAUGGCCCCCGGAUGAGUUACAGAUGCUGAUCAAAGCUGUGAACAUGUUUCCGGCAGGAACUAACCAGCGUUGGGAAGUGGUGGCCAACUUUUUGAACCAACAUUGUAGCAACGGGACCAUGGUAAUAAGGACCGCUAAAGAGGUGUUGGCUAAGGCGAAAGAGUUGAAAGAUGGAGACUUUUCCAAGAGUCAGCUAAAAGACCAGGCCAACCAGAAGGCGUAUGACAAUUUCGAGAAGGAGAAGAAAACAACGGUGGCUCCGGUGGUGGAGGUGGUUUCGGAGAGGUUCGACAGUGUGGCGGAGCAGCAGGGCAUGCCUAAGGCGUGGACCAAUGAGGAGCAACAGCUGCUCGAGCAGGCGCUCAAGACCUACGGAGCAUCGACUCCCGAACGCUGGGACAGAAUUGCCGAAUGCGUGCAGACCAGAACCAAGAAGGAAUGCAUGAAACGGUACAAGGAAUUGGUGGAGAUGGUCAAGGCUAAGAAGGCUGCUCAGGCUUCGGUGGCGGCUAAGCCUAAAUAAGGCUCAUGCUAACAGGUUUAUGAUUGAAGAAGGAAGGUGGGUUUGGAAUGGACCUUCAAGGAGGAGAGUGUAGAUAGGGCCUUAGUUCCAAGUCCAAGUAGAGCACUAAUUUGUGAUGAGGGUAUUUGACUUGGUUGGAAUGAGUAAAUGAUGGCAAUAAGGAUAGGUUGAUGAAAUAGUUGUGUCGAUUUUGUUGAAAUUUUGCCUAUUUAAUUAAUAUUUUUAGGAAAUGUAUUAAAUUCACAAUUAAUUUGAAUAAUUAUGAAGAUUUUGCUAGAAGUUCAAAUUCAAGCUCAUUCUCUGACGAUGGGGAUAAAUCUAGGUUGUUGAAGUCGGUGUUAACGAUUUUGUUUGAAUUUUGCCUAUUUAGUAAAUAUUUGUAUGAAAUUUAUUAAAUUCCUACGAUAAGUUUGUUUUGAAUUUUUUGGAUGUUUACCAAUUUAGUAGGUUUUGUUGGGAAUUCACAAACUUUAGAGAUAUUUUUUUCUGAUGAUAAUUUUGUAUUCAAUUUAUGAUUAGUAUUAUUUGAAAAGUAUGUUGAUCAGACUAUUCCUCCCAAUAAAUUGAAAUGUAUGAAAUUGUAGGGUGUUUUUGAACAAUCAUGACGAUUUUGUUAAAUCUAUGCUCUUAAAAAAGUUUUUUCCCUAAUAGAAAGUACCAUCAGACUCUACCUUUGACUGGAAUAAUCAUGGAAAUAUAUAUAUUUUAAGAUUCAAUUGAUCCUAUUUUUUCCAACAGAGCAGUGUAUUAAAUUUUGUGAUAAUUUCAUUAAAUUAUGAUGAUUGUUCUACCAGUUUUUGAGAUGAUUUGCUGACGAGGAUUUGGACGAUUAGAUAUUAUUGAAUCUGAUGCAAGCAAUUUGAUAAGCUUUGUGAAUUCAAUUAUUGAUAUCGAAUUUUACAAAAUUACUUUAGUAGUCAUUUAUGAAAAUAAUUUGAUUAUAAAUUUUUUUCAUCCAACAUUAAAACAUUAGCUUGAAGAUAAAGUUGCUCUUUUUAUUGAAAGAUUAACUUAAUCAAAUAAUAUUAGUUGUCAUGUUUCAAUUUUAAAAUCAUUAAUACGAAGCUCUAUUUCGAUUACCUUUUGGAGGUUUUAGAAUGUAAUUUAUGAAGGCUAUUAUUGGGUUUAAAACAUGAUUGAUCAUUUUUAUUUAUUUUUAUGAUUUCAUAGAAAUUAACUUUAAUAUGGAAUUACUCCAUCUCAUUUUAUUAGAAUAUGCGUUUGUAAUUUUCAUUGACAAUCAAGUAAAUUAAAUUUAUCAUUUGAAAUAUUUUUCAAUUAAAUUUGAAUCGUAUACUGACUCCCAAUUACUAAUUUUUACUAACGGUAAUUGGAGAAUCCAUCCAUGAUAGUUGGAAUGCUAAGUCAUGGAAACUAAUCAAUUUUACAUUUGAAAAAACAAAGUAAAAUAGAAUCCUUUCUUAAAUUCAUUACAUGAGAGUAAGAAUCUUGAGCAAUAUGAACCUAUCUUGCCUGUCUACCUCUUUUUAUCUUGCAAUGAAGUAAAAUUCUAUUGAAUUUCAAUUAUAUCAAUUUAUUUUAUUACCGUAUUAUCUGAAGACAUUAUUUACUCUAAUUUGUUUCUUUACAACAAUAAAUUCUUGAUUACUAUAGCAAUUGAAGAUUUUCAAGCCUACUUGUUGAUUUAUUUUUCAUAAUUAAUUUUUAAAGGUAUUCAUGUAUGUAUUAGAAUAACUUGACCAUUACCGGUACUUAUGGUUUAUUUUCUCGAAAACUACUGUUUCCUAGUGACUUCUGUAUAUAUUGCAAUAAUUUUUUGAAUCUUUAUAGAACACCAGAGUUGUCUUCCUAUUGUAUUGGACUUGUUGAUUAUGGUAAUUUGUUGGAAACCCGCCUACUUAUUUCAACAAAUUAGUGUUAAAUCUAAGAAAUGAAGGUUCUAGAUGUAGAAAGAUUGAAAUCAUGCCAUAAAUAUAGAUGAAGGAAUAAAGUGUAUGAGGACUCUGGCUGAAAACGACUCUAUUUUUAUGAACUUUUUCUCAAAUUCGUACAAAUUGAAAAUAAUAAAAAAAUAUUGAGAACGAUUUGUUGCAUUUCUAACAAAAAUAAAUAAUAUAGUUCACUCAAUAGAAACGUUUUGUGAAAAUUGUGCGAAUAUUUUUCUAUGAACAUGAUCGAUUUUUUGUUAACAAUAAUUUAGCUUGUUAAUUGUACUUGAAGUGUACCUUAGUUUUUGGUUUUGACUUUUUUGUUGUAAUUACAAAUAUUUUCAAAUGAAAAUGACAUUUCUAGUGAGAUUUUCUGUUUUAAUUACUUCAAUAAACUUUAUGAUCAAAA